GAAUGCUACCGACAAGCACGGUUCUUUUGCUAAUUGCGCACUUUGCAAUUUUGAAUGCGUUCUCCAUCAAAGGAGAGCAGAAAUCUACCGUAAACCCGGAGAAGUCGUGGUCUUGCAUGUCAGUCAAAGAGUGCCUCCAAGCAGGCGGCCAAAUUGAGGAUUCUGACAAAUGCGAGUGCCCUACGAUUUAUUGCAAUCACGUCGCUACCACGGUGCAACCAAGUGAAGGUUCAUCAUCAACCACAUCCUCACCCUCUUUAACAUCAGCAUCAGCUGCAUCACCUUCAACGAUGUCACCAACGUCGCCCUCCUCGGCGUCUCCCACCACCUCUACAUUCCCAUCAACCUCACCACCGUCAUCGCCCACCCCAUCUCCAGACAUUCCGACGCUAGCAUCCGCAGAUGAAGGCGACGCCCCAAAAGAACGCGAAAGCGACAUCUGCGAGGUGUUCAACUGUAUGUUCAACGAGGAGCUGUGCUUCCAACUCAAUGGAGUGCUCAAAGAAAGCAAUCACGGAUGCCCACACCAAGACCAAAAAUGUUGCCUGUGGGCGGAUAUGGCAUCAGAGUUGUAUUAAUCAUUUCAAUAUUUCAUCAAUUGUUUUAGUUAAGUUGAAUAAAGUCACACGAACAGCG